UUCUGUUCACAUCGAAUUCUUCUCAAGUCAACACAACUUCAACGUUCAUCAGCAGCAAUGGCAGACAAGGUAACAUCACCUGUAGCAACCGCUACCCCAGCCAGCCCGGCUGUUCAAGCCGUACCAGCGAAGAAAAGUGCCGCUUCUCUGAAGUCGCAGAAGCCUCGUACUAAGCCGGCGCAUCCUCGUACGUCUGAGAUGGUCAACGCUGCAAUUUCUACUCUGAAGGAACGCGGUGGUUCAUCUCUUCAGGCUAUCAAGAAGUACAUCACAUCUACAUACAAAAUUGACGGAGAAAAACAAGCACCCUUCAUCAAGAAGUAUUUGAAAUCUGCCGUCAGCACUGGGGUUUUGGUUCAGACCAAGGGCAAGGGAGCUUCAGGCUCAUUCAAGAUUUCCGCUACGAAAAGUGAGGCCUCAAAACCCAAGGUAAAACCAGCAGCACCAAAACCAGCUACACUCAAGAAGAAGGCCGCCGCAUCAGCCGCCUCUCCUGCCAAGAAGGUGAGCGCUGCCAAGAAAGCAGCUGCAGCCAAGAAGACUGGCGCUGCUAGUAGCGUUGCUACCAAGGAAAAGCGUAAGGUCGCUAGAUCCCCGGCCGCUAAACCGCCGAAAGCAAAGAGCUCCUCCAAGGCCAAGAAAGUCGCUAAAGCACCUACAAGUAAACCUAAAGCACCGAAACCGAAAAAGGCAACAACUGCUCCGAAAUCCGCCAAGCCGGCACCGAAGAAGACUGCGUCUCCCAAAAAGAAGUAAUCGCAUUCGUUUACACGCCUCGUCUACGGCGGCAGCAGCAGCAUCAAGCAGCAACAUUUAAAAAAAAAACGGCCCUUG